UGCGAGCCGGAGGCCGGAGUCGGAGUCGGAGCCGGAGCCGGAGCCGGAGGCGGAGCCGGGGCCGGAGCUGGGCUGGAGGCUGCUCCGGUCCUUACGGAGUCUGCAUCUCGGGGCGCUUAGGUGCGCCGGCUGCCUCGUGCGCCGCCAGGUGCGCCCCAGGCUGAGGACGCGCGCGGGCUGAACCGCGCCCCCCGGAGCUGCCGCGGAGAUGAGGAGGAGGUGCGCUCGGCCCCUGCGCCCCCAGCCUCGGCCCUGGUGUUGCAAUCGGAAGCGGGGGUGGUGACGGAAAGAGCCCCCGGCCUGGGAGCGCCAGCUCUGCCACAGAUUUUCGUGCCGAAAGGAACAGUAGAGAUCGUUUAGUCCAACCCAUUCGUUUUACAGCUGGGGAAACUGAGGUCCCGAGAGGGAACACAAAUUGCCUAAUUCCUCGCUAGUCACAGAACCAAAGCUCUGAGACAAGAUUACUGAUUAGUGCUUCACCUUGGUUCAGGUUUGCUGACAUUUAUUUGUUGGCUUGAUGGCUUCAGAGGAGCAGCAUUGGCCUGUGCCAAUGAAGGCCAUUGGAGCUCAGAACCUCUUGACAAUGCCUGGGGGAGUGGUCAAGUCUGGAUACCUUCACAAAAAAGGUGGUACCCAGCUGCAGUUGCUAAAAUGGCCAUUGCGGUUUGUGAUUAUCCACAAGAGAUGUAUUUAUUACUUUAAGAGUAGCACGUCAGCAUCUCCCCAGGGGGCCUUCUCUCUGAGUGGCUACAAUCGGGUAAUGCGAGCAGCUGAAGAGACAACAUCAAACAACGUCUUUCCCUUCAAGAUUGUUCAUAUCAGCAAGAAGCACCGAACCUGGUUCUUUUCAGCCUCCUCCGAAGAUGAAAGAAAGAGUUGGAUGGCCCUGCUAAGGAAGGAAAUAGGCCACUACCAUGAGAAGAAAGAGCCAUCAUUAGAUUUCAGCGACUCAAGUUCUGACACAGAUAGCUUCUAUGGCUCUGUGGAACGUCCCAUCGAUAUCAGUUUAUCCCCAUAUCCCACUGACAAUGAAGACUAUGAACAUGAUGAUGACGAUGACUCCUACAUGGAACCAGACAGUCCAGACUCUGUGAAAGUUGAAGAUAUCAUGAUUCACCCACCAGCUUAUCCCCCGCCGCCGAUCCCCACUCCAAGAAAACCAGCCUACUCAGAGACACAGCGGUCACACUCCUUUUCCAGCAAGUGCUCCGCACCUCUCCAUCCUCCCCCACCUCCCAAAAGAGGCCUGCCGGAAAUCAAUCCUGAGGACCUGAAAAGAGAAGUGAUAUCUUCUUGGAGGCCAGAGCCUAAUCUGAAAGUGUCCUCUCCCAGUAGGAGACAGAGCGAUCCACCCGUGGGAAAUCUACCUCCUAUACCCAACUUCAGAAAACCAGCUUCUCCAGAGCUUGUGUCUGUCAGCCAUCUUGUGAAUACCUCUAAAAGCUGCAACAAGUUAAAAUCUAUCCACCUCUCUCCUCGAGGAUCACUUCAAGGAUCACCUCUGGCUGAGCCCCCUCCAAUCCCAGCCAAUAAACCGAAACUGAUAAAGGUGGGAGAGUUACAGUCUAUAAGAGAAGCUGUCAAACCUGGACUAUUUGUGCCCCCUGUGACACCCAAACCACCAGCCUUGGCACCUAAACAUCCCAUGCCUGGGCCACCAGCCUUGGCACCUAAACACCCUGUACCUGAACUGAAGCCCAGAACUGAAAAACCUUCACUUCCCCAACUACAGAGAUCCUCACCAGAUGGGCAGAGUUUCAGAAGCUUUUCCUUUGAGAAAACUUCACUCUCAACUCAGUUAGAUACCAGCUGCGAGGAUUCAGAUGAAGACUAUGAAAAGGUGCCGCUGCCUAGCUCCAUCUUUGUCAACACCACCGAAUCCUAUGAAGUGGAAAACUUGUUUAAAGCCACUGAUCCUAGGGGACAGCCACAAGAUGGACUCUACUGUAUUAGGAAUUCCUCGAAGACGGGAAAGGUUUUGGUUGUGUGGGAUGAAGCCUUUAACAAAGUGAGAAACUACCGGAUCUUUGAAAAGGACUCCAGAUUUUACCUUGAAGGAGAGCUUCUGUUUGUGAGCAUUGGAAGCCUGGUUGAGCACUAUUACACCCAUGUCCUGCCUGGGCACAAGAGCCUCCUUCUUCAGCAUCCCUAUGGCUACUCAGGGCCCAGGUGACACCUGCCUGACCUAGUGAUUUGGUGCAAUAAUUGAACCCGGAGACAGAUGGAGGAAAGAAAAGCUUGGAUGGUCGGUCUUGACUUCCAUUGACAGCUGCCCGCCCAACCUGGGCCCUUGAUUUCAUCUCUCCUGCAUGUUGUUCUGAACCUGUGAUAGCUCUGCUGUGUGGUCCUCCCAGAGGCAGGUGGACUUGGUUCACUCUCCACCUUUCUUCCAUUGAUUCUUCCAACCCCCCCCCCCCCGUCCCC